AUGAUUAUUAUUUCGAUUGAAUAUUUCGGACCCGCAAAAAGGUUUACUAAUGGGCGAUCGAAUGAUGAUUUAAAGUUUGUCACUUCUUCGCAGAUAAUAUCUUUGCAACAAGUUCUAUGCAAACUUGGUGAGCUUUACGGGGACGCAUUUUUCCAAUUUAUAAUCGAGACAUGUGGUAUAGCUCUAAAUGAAGAAUACUUAAAUGUGAAUAGAGAGAUAGAACUUUGUGAUGUGGGUAAAGAUAUUCCGCUACACAACAACGAUGGCAUUGUUAUUGUUCCACCCGUUUCCAGCGGAUAA